UCGCGGAACCAAGGAAUGGAUGCUUAUAAAUAUCAGGACAACUAUGAGGGCUAUGCCCACACGGACGGCUAUUAUCCCGGCAAUGAGUCCAACCCAGAGGAGGAUGCACAGAGCGAUGUUACCGAGGGCCAUGACGAGGAGGAUGAGAUCUAUGAGGGGGAGUACCAGGGCAUCCCUCACCCGGAUGACGUCAAGGCCAAGAAGACCAAGAUGGCGUCCUCCAGGGAGGAGGACCUUCGGGGCCAGGCAGACCUGAUGGCUGAAAGGAUGGAAGACGAGGAGGAGUUGGCUCAUCAGUAUGAGACCAUCAUGGACGAGUGUGGCCACGGGCGCUUCCAGUGGAUCCUGUUUUUCGUCUUGGGUUUGGCCCUGAUGGCGGAUGGGGUGGAGGUGUUUGUGGUGAGUUUUGCCCUGCCUAGCGCCGAGAAGGACAUGUGUCUGUCCAGUUCCAAGAAAGGAAUGCUUGGGAUGAUCGUCUACCUCGGAAUGAUGUCGGGGGCCUUCGUCCUGGGGGGCCUGGCUGAUAAGCUGGGGAGAAAGAGAGUCCUCAGCAUGUCUCUGGCCCUCAACGCCUCCUUCGCCUCCAUCUCCUCCUUCGUGCAGGGUUACGGAGCCUUCCUUUUCUGCCGACUCAUCUCGGGCAUCGGUAUUGGUGGAGCUCUGCCCAUUGUGUUUGCCUAUUUCUCUGAAUUCUUGUCUCGGGAGAAGCGAGGGGAGCACCUCAGUUGGUUGGGCAUCUUCUGGAUGACCGGGGGCAUCUAUGCGUCUGCCAUGGCUUGGAGCAUCAUUCCGCACUAUGGCUGGGGCUUCAGCAUGGGCACCCACUACCACUACCACAGCUGGAGGGUGUUUGUCAUCGUCUGCGCUCUGCCCUGCACCGUGUCCUUGGUGGCCCUGAGGUUCAUGCCCGAGAGCCCACGGUUUCUGCUGGAGAUGGGCAAACACGACGAAGCUUGGAUGAUUCUCAAGAAAGUCCAUGACACCAACAUGAGAGCUAAGGGGACCCCGGAGAAGGUGUUCACGCCCUCCACAGAAAAUUACUACGGCCUGACCGUUUGGUUCCCCGACAUGAUCCGGUAUUUUCAAGAGGAAGAAUACAAGUCCAAGAUGAAGGUAUUUUUCGGCGAGCACGUGUUCGGUGCCACAAUCAACUUCACGAUGGAAAAUCAGAUCCACCAGCACGGCAAGCUUGUGAAUGACAAGUUCACAAAGAUGUAUUUCAAGCACGUUCUCUUUGAAGACACGUUCUUUGAUGAGUGCUAUUUUGAAGAUGUUACAUCCACGGAUACCUAUUUCAAAAACUGCACCAUCGAAUCCACCAUCUUUUAUAACACAGACCUCUACGAGCAUAAGUUCAUCGACUGUCGCUUUAUCAACUCGACCUUUCUGGACCAGAAGGAGGGCUGUCACAUGGACUUGGAGCAAGACAACGACUUCCUGAUUUACCUGGUCAGCUUCCUGGGCAGCCUGUCCGUCUUGCCGGGAAACAUCAUCUCCGCCCUGCUCAUGGAUCGGAUCGGGAGGCUCAAGAUGAUCGGUGGCUCCAUGCUGAUCUCUGCGGGCUGCUGCUUCUUCCUGUUCUUCGGCAACAGCGAGUCGGCGAUGAUCGGCUGGCAGUGCCUGUUCUGCGGGGCCAGCAUCGCGGCCUGGAACGCUCUGGACGUGGUCACCGUGGAGCUGUACCCCACCACCCAGAGGGCAACAGCCUUUGGCAUCCUCAAUGGAUUAUGCAAAUUUGGAGCCAUCCUGGGAAACACCAUCUUUGCUUCUUUUGUUGGGAUAACCAAGGUGGUCCCCAUCCUUCUGGCUGCCACUUCUCUCGUUGGGGGCGGCCUGAUUGCUCUUCGGCUGCCAGAGACCCGAGAGCAGGUGCUGAUGUGA